GAGCGAGGUGGAGGGAGGGGAAGGGCCGCAACAAAUGUCAAACUACUUCACUUGACGAAAGAUGGAUUCUCGCUCUUUGAUUCAUCACAAAUAUAGAGCUGAUCAUAUUUUGUAAUUAGCUGUCUACUGCAGUGGUUCACAGCCCUCGUGUCACAACAAUGGACUCUGACAUUAAGGAGAUAAUAGAGGAAUUCAUGGGAAGUGCGCUGGCGCAGUGGGUGCAGCUUUUUGAGAACAUGGUGGAGAGUGAGGACAAUGUCCAGCUGAACAAUCAGUACAUGGAGGUGAACUCAGUUUCCCAGAGUGCCCGAGACCGCUACAUGAGGCUUACCGAUGGGAUUUUCCUCAACGAGGUCAUGAGGAUCAUAGAUCCAAACCCCAAGGUGGAGCGUCUGUACAACGGCGACAGAGAUGACCACAUGCUGAGAGUCCAGAACUUCUCUAUUUUAAAUCGACACCUCCGAGCCUUCUACCAGGAGGAUUUGCAGCAGUUGAUACUGAUGCCUGUUCCAAAUGUUGCCAUACUCGGGCAGGACCCCCUAACAGAGGCAGCUGUGGAGGAGCUCAGACGACUGCUGCUGCUCUUACUGGGAUGUGCAGUGCAGUGCGAGAUGAAGGAAGUGUUCAUUCAGCAGAUUCAGUCUCUGGACAUUGAGACCCAGGCCGCCAUCGCUGGCUGUAUCCAGCAGGUUACUCAGGAUCCUCGCAUGGUGCUGUCGCUUCAGUGGGAGGAGCUGGUGGAGAAUGAAGGUGCAGACCUACCGCUGGUGUUCAGCUCCAUGGCCAAACAAAUCCAAAGCCUUCUGGCACAAAGAGACACACACCUGGAGAGGGUAGCGGAGCUGUGUCGGGAGCGAGAAGACCGGGGAGAUUCAACCAACCUGCUGGGUCGUCACAACGAGGAGCCGCCCCAGGGUCUGGCGCUCCAGCUGGCAGAUAGCAAGGCCAAACUCCGCCGCUUCAAACAACAACUGGACGAUAAAGGUGACCAGAUAUUGGAUUACAAACAGGAGGUUCAGACUAUGGAGGAUCAACUCAAGAGGCUUCAAAAAGAGAACCGCUCUCUGCAGGGUGAGGUAAGAGGCAUGCGUGCACUGCGGGAUGAGUUGGACUGCGCCCGGGAGCGAGCUGCGCGGACCGAGCAGCUCCAGACUGAGCUUCAGAGCUGUAAAAACAGGCUGCGCAGCCUGGAGCUCACUCGCACUCAGCUUAAGGAGCAGCAGCAGCUUUGUGCAGCACUGCAGGAGACUAAAACUCUUCUUGAGCAACAGCUGGCAGACGCUCGGGCACGCUGCUCCUCUCUGCGGGAACUGGAGAGGGACAAUCUUCUGCUGCAUCAGAGAAUCAUAGAUGUGGAUGCGGAGCGGGAAACUGAGAGGCAGCGCGUUGAUCAGCUGCUGGAGUUGAACAUGAGCCUUGAGGCGGACCUGAGGCACACAUGCGCCAGCAGGGGAAGCGUUCCCGCUUCAGUUGUGGAGAUUCACCAGCAUUUCCUCCAGUCACAUCUGGACUCCGAUGAGGAGCUGAGCGAUCUGCUCGAUCCGAAGCCGCUGAGCGUGGAAGUGGGCGAGGCGUCGACGCUGAGGCUGCUGGGAGCAGAGCAGGAGAACGCAGAGCUGAGGAGACGACUGGAGGAGCUGCAGGCCCAGCAGGAGGCUGAUUGUCCAGAUACAAAGGACGAGCUGACAUGCCUGGAGAUGGAGCAUCAGAACACACUCAGGGAGUUUCAAAACUUGAAGAAUGAAAAUGCCACUUUAAAGCGGCAACUGGAAGAGCUGGUAACUCCACGUCAACACCUAAAUGACAAGACAAAAGAAGAAGCUGUCAAGAAAGAAGGCUCAGAGGGUGAGGAGAAGGUGAUGAGAGGAGUCCAGGGCUCUGAUUCCUGCAGGGGAGACGGGGAGGAAGUGGUCAAGCUUAUGGAGAGGAGUCCCAAAAGAGGAGAAACCAUUGGGACACAGCGGGAAGCAGGAGUGGGUGAGGAGCAUCUCCGGGUUCAAGGUGGAAGAAAUGAGCCAUGUGAGAAGAAGACCCAUACCAAAAGGAGAGGAGAGGCAGAGGGAGGUCAAAAAGAAAGGGAGAUACAGAACAAAGACAGUGAACGGAAGCAGGAACAGACUUCUGUGACCGCUUCUUCAGAGAUCCCCAAGCACUGCACAGAGAACUACAAAGACAUUGAAUCUAUACACCAGGCUCUGUGUUCUCUGUCUGGUCCCGACAUGGAGCUUCUGACAAAGCGGCUCCAGGAGGUCCAGGAGGAGGCUGACCACCAGGCCAAGCUGGCCCAGGACACGCGUUCAAAGCUGGGGGAGCAGAGCAGGAGAACAUGGGAGGCUGAGCAGAAACUGGUCCUUGUGGAGGCUGAGCUGCAGCGUCUGAAGAAAGCAGCAGAGAGUCUGGUGGAGGCUCGCCGACAGAUUGAGGCUCUUCAGUCUGAGGGUCUGGCCAUGGAGGAGGAGCUGUGCCGCCUGCGCAGCCAAGCGGAGCUUCAUCAGAUGCAAACCACGGUCAUCGCCACCCUGGAGGGGGAGCGGGCUACACUCGAGAGAGACAGAGACGUGCUACGCAGCACGGUGGACACUCUUCGUGCUGCCCAGCGCAAGAAGGACCAGUUAGAGCUUACCGUCCAGACUCUCAGAGCGGACCUGGAACGUCAGGCGCGCGGUCUGGAAACUUCCCGUCGUCGGGAAGAGCAGUUGGAGGCAGAGCUCCGUGAGGCAAACGUGGAGGGUGAAUCUCUGGCCAGGGCAAGAGACCAGGCGCUGCUGGAGGCUUCACGGUUGGAGCAGGAGAAAGAGGUGUGCCAGUCGGAGCUGGACGACCGUCGGAAAGAGGGCCGCCAGAGAGAGAGGGAGGUAGCAAGACUCAGGCAGCAGCUGGAGAGCACGACCUUGGCCCUGGAGCACAGCAACCAGAGAGCUUGCACUCUGGAUGCUGAACAUAGACGCGUGUGUCAGCAGCUGUCUGAGUCCAAGGAGCUCUGCACUCGUCUGCAGGACCUGGAGAAAGAGCUCAGCACUCGAUUAAGCAGCAUGAAGGAGGGUAAACAGCAGCUGCAGGAGCAGCAUGCAGAAACUCAGGCCAAGAUCAGCUCACUUUCUCAGGAUCUCUCUAACGAACAAGCUCGCUCCCAGAAACUGGCCGCCGAAGUGGAACAUCUGAGCCAGAAGCUACAAAGAUCUGAAGCUGAACUCAAGGCGGCGAUGGAUUCUCUCAACCGGUCACAGGAGAGAGUGGAGUCCCUCUCACAGUGCCUUAAGAAAAACGAAUCUCUCCUCCUUUUAGAAAAGAGACAAGGAAGCUCAGAGGCAACGGCUCUGUCUGAUUCAAAUUCAGAAUCGUCGCACACACAGGAGACACCCCCUCUGGAUCAAAGCCCUGGAACUGGCAGUGGCGGUGGCCUUUCCGUGACCUACCCUCACACCCCACGAGAGACGGAGAGAGAGCCGAGCGAGAGGGGGAUAGAGCUGGAGAAGGAGAGGGUGGUGGCUGUCGCGGAACAGGAGGCUUUGCGGAUGCGGUUGUCUCAGUCCCAAGAGGCGUGUGAACACCUAAAAGAGCAGCUGGAAGCUCUGCGUCGGCACUCCCUGAGCCUGCAGGAUUCCUGCACCAGAUUGCAAGCACUCAACACUCAGCUACAGGUGGAGCAAGCAUCACUGGGUUCCCAGCAUGCAGCGGUGCUAACGCGCUGCAGUGAGAGCGAGGCCAGAUGUGCGGCUCUGGAGGCCGAGUCAAAGGUGUGGGCGAGGGAGCGUGAGGAGUCGCUGGCCAGGAUGGAGGCUUUGAGGUGGGACCACGAACGGAUGACAGCGUUGCAGCAGCAGCAGGAAGUGGAGCUAGAAGAGUGGCUGGACAAACAUUCACAACUACGGAGUAACAAUCGCAAUUUAGAGGCUCAACACAGGGAACUGGAGGGCAGGUACAAACAACUCCUGGAUGGUAAAAUCCAGCUGGAGGAGAGAGAAAAAGAGAUGAAGAUGGAGAGGGAGAAGAUGGAGACAGAGGCCCAGAGCAGGCUUGAGGGGGAACGGGAGCUGGAGAGGCUGAAAGAAGACAAUGAGAGGCUGCAAGCCCAGCAGAAGGAGUGGUUGGCGUCGCAGGCCGAGCUACUGGCUCAGGGUUCAGUGCUGAGGGCAGAGCUUAGCACCUCCCAGCUAGAGAGGACUCGGCUGGAGGGGGAACUCAGUGCCCUGAGGGAAACCAACCAGAGUCUGGACCUCAGCAGCGCUCGCCUCACCAGCCAGUACCAGCUGUUGACCCAGUUAAAGGGGAACAUGGAGGAGGAGAACCGACACCUAGCGGAGCAGACCCAGAGUCUGCUGAAGGAGAACCGGGCUUUACUGGAGCAGAGCCUGGAGAGCCGUGACCAGCACUAUUCACAGCAGAGGGAGUAUCAGGAGAAGCUGAGCGAGCUCCGUCGGGAGAAGCAGAAGUUGGUGGAGAAGAUAAUGGACCAGUAUAGAGUCCUCGACCCCACCAUGCAAAGUCCAGCCAGCAAAGCCAAAAAAUCUAACUGGAUUGCAGACAGGAUGAAGAAGCUAAUCAAACCCCGGGGAGGAGGAAGAGAGGGACGCGCCCUCUUCACUGCCGCGGGCAGCAUUGAAAACCUGGCCGACAGCACUGAAUUUACAUCAGAGACACACGCACCUAAGCCUGACCCGCGCAGUGCUCCAGUCUCUCCUUCCCCCCUGAGGAAAGUACUGUCACAAACAGAGCCUGACAUCUCUGCUCCCGGGACUCCAGUUCUGCGCUCCGGCUCCAGGGGUCGUCGUAAGCUGGGCUCCCGCCACGGCUGGGGACUUGGUUUGACCAGAGGAGGAUCUGGAGUUUCUCAGUCCUUUAGUCCUGGUGACCAGAAGACGCAUCCUCGUGAGCGGCUACGCUCUAGCCAGAACAGCGGCUCAGUGGUCUGGGAGGGAGCAGACAGCGAGAUGAACGCAGCUCCUCAGGAUGCUGAGCUGCCGCUGACUGGUCAGGAGAGUGUUGAGGAGGACGAAGCUAGAGAUACUCAACACUCCGGCGAGGACACCUUGAUGGCCGGAGACGGCGCUGCUGACUCACUACAGUCAAACUGAAAACAAAUGUUUCAUUUUAUGUACUUCCAUCAAACCUUUUGGAUGUAUCCAUGUGUCAAAAUAAGAUCCUUCUAGUAUUUUUUAAUAAAUGACUUAUAAAUAUAUAUACAUAUAUAAAUAAACUUCUGGAA